UCAAGAUGUAGUAAUCGGUCUGUAACUCUGCAACAGGCAUUUCUCAGAAUAGCAUAGGAAAGUCUUGAGUCCAUCAUUGCUUAUUUUCAAUGGUUGUUUGUAUUGUUGUGCUUUUAUAUCAAUUCUCUAUUGAUUCGAGUAUGGAAAACGACACCCAUAAGCUACUAGUCCGUUUUGAGAAACGCCUUUGUUUUUAUGAAUUACUGGGUUUACCAAAAGUGAAGAUUUGUCUAAAAGAAUAUGUAAGUCGUAAGAGUGAUAGUGUUGAAGCCAGUAUUGCUGCUGUUUCUGAAAGGCAUCUAUUGCAAAUCGUCUUUGGUCCUUAUAUAGUUGAAGAGGAGGGUAACAUUAGUAGUACGGUGUGAAUGGGAAACAAUGCGACUUGUGUGAAACAGUAUUUGCCUUUUCAAGAGUGCUGCUGAUCUGUUUUUUUCCCAACACACUGAAGAUCAUGCUGUUGAAAGUAGUGGUAGUUGUAGCUGUCAAAAAGUGAAAAGGAGACUUCACAUUUUGUACAAACAGCUUGCGGUUGGAUAGUAUACAAAGUAGCUCUGAAAGAAACUCAUGAAGGAUUGGUUGAACUUCUACAAUGUUACACAAGUGUACACAUUGAUAUCAUCGUGUCCGACUAGAGUUUUUGGUUUGACUCUGAAGAUAAAGUGCAGCUUUUGGUAUACAAUUCCUAGAAAGCAUACGCAGACGAACAAAUUGGUUUGCACAUUGACACGAACCUAAAACAUUAUUCGAUUAUCACAGCAAAAUCAAACCAUUCGCCACUACUUGAAAUUCAACCAGAACAGCAACAACAACAAAUAUGAGCCCAAGCCUAGUGCAGUAUGGCAUAGUCAACAAUUCUACAAAGAGAAUGAUUCCUGCUUCUAUCUUUUACUGUUUUCUUCGUUGUUGGCAUGAGCGGACAAUUGUCAUUGUUUUAGUUACUUGGAAUUGUAAAAAGACAACAAUAACGACAACAAGAAAAAGCCAUAGUGUAUUGGUUAGUAGUAUAUGGAAUAUUAAUAAUAGUUUUUGUCAUAAAAGUACGAAUUUGACC